AGCUCCAACGACAGAGUGCUGGAAGUUGAAAUAUGGAUUACAGUUUGGGCCCGAUCUGUCUAAUUUGAGGCUCCAGUUAGACCUCGCUUUGUCGGGCUCGCCUUGGUUAAAUAAAGGUUUAACAAUCGUGUAAUCCAUUCCGAGUCCAAGCCCAAAACAAUAACAUGGUCCCACUCCCAUCAGCUCAUUCUUCCUAUGUGCUUGAAGACAACGGUUAAUAUUGGGGAUCGUGAGGACUUGAACACGUGACCUCAAGAACAAACCAGCUCUAAUACCAUGUCAAGAACCAGUUGAUCCCAAUAACUCGAGUUGUUGGGAGAGGUUCAAUCGUGGAUCAUAUACCACAACACUAACACGCCCCCUCAAACGAAAGCCACUCACAAGGGCUUGAAGUUUGAACAGGUUUGAAGACAAGAAUACCAUGUGCUUAACAAAUGGGGGUCACCGGGAAUCGAACACAAGACCUCUCGGUCACAGAAGGCUCUGAUACCAUGUAAAGAACCAAUUGGUUCUCGAGUUGUUGGAAGAAGGUUAUGCUACAUCUUAUACCACUCUCUUACACGCCCCCUCAAACGAAAGCCAACUCAUGGGCUUGAAGUUUGCACAGGCCCAUCAUACCUUGUGCUUUAAUCGACUGUUAAUAUUGGGAGUCGUGGAGAUUCGAACACACGACCACUUGGUCAAACCAGCUCUGAUACCAUGUCAUAAACCAGUUGGUACCAAUAACUCGAGUUGUUGGGAGAAGGUUAUGCUGGAUCUUAUACAAGCCGGUGUAUGGUACUUAACCACUUCCUUACAGUUCUAACAUGACCAAAUCCUAAAGUGAUCUUUGUUGUCGUUAUUGUGCAAGUUAUGUGAUAACAGAUUUCAAAGUCAUGUGGAAGAAAACAAACAUUUAACAAUCUUAAUCCUAAAAUAUACUCUAGUCUCUAGCGUCAAAUCUCAAGUAUAAGAAAAUGAUAGUCCAUACUUUUAGCUUCUAGAUUACAAAAUUACUGAGUUAUCGAAAAGAUUGAGGCAAACAAUUGAAUUUGCAAAUGAUGUUAAUUUCCUUUCUUUUUAGAAUGAUUGACUAGUCAUUUUGUUCAGUUGCCGUAUUCAGAAAUCCUAACUCGUCACAAAAUCUUCAGAUUCUUGUUUUAAGUCUUAAUGAACCCUCGUACCUACGUUUAAACACGCUUUUUUUAACCGACGUCAAACUACUAACAUGCUUUUUUUUUAACCGACUUCAAGCUAUUAGCAUACUAAUAGCUGCUGCUUUCACACCGAUUGAAACAUGAAGCUCGAGUCAAAAUCAUCACUAUAUUAUCAUCCCAAAACCAAAAUCAUUAAGGGACAACAAAAUUUUUGUAUUGUUAAAGUAGGUAAUUACUUCUCUUCCAUCUGGAAAUCAAAAGAUGUCUCACUCCCAGCUAAUUUACUUCUCUUCAAUCCAACCAUCACCAAACAGACUCGUGUCCUAGUUAAAGCACAACUCCAAAAGAAAGCUGGCUAGAAAUCCAUCCCACCUUUAUGAUCAAUCGCCUCUUUUUGUACAUAGGAAUAUUUUUGGUAGUUGAGCGUUUGAUUUUUGGAUCGACCAGAGUCUCCAUAAUCACACUGUCUACCUCCAGUAACGGUCACCAUUGCUACUCCCACUACCACCACCGUUGCUUUUCCCCCCCAACCCCACCACCGCCAUUGAAGAUUCUUUUUCUCUCCUCCUCUUUCCCUGACUUGGGUUUUCCUCUCCACCCAAAAAAGCUCCCAUCUUGGCAAUGGAAACCGUCGCCGGUAAUUUCACCAAGUUGCAGCAGCAGCUGCAGAAGAAGCAAAAAUGGUUCCUCCUGCUGAUUUCCUCGCUUCUAAUCUCCACAAUUUUGAUCCUCCUCACAGUGACCUUCUCCUCCGGAUGGAAUAAUUCGGCCUCGACUACCCAGCUGCUUUUUCGCCGGCGGCAGCAGCAACAGGGCCAGAGCUCCCCGCGAUUUGCGGAAUCGAAGUUGGCCAAGCCGGAGACUUUUGCCGGGAAACUGCCUCGCCUUGCUUAUCUGAUAUCUGGGUCGGCCGGGGAUGGGGUGAAUCUGAAGAGGGCGCUGAAGGCUCUGUACCAUCCGAGGAACCAGUACGUCGUGCAUUUGGACCUGGAGGCGCCGUUGGAGGAGAGGUUGGAGCUCAUCAGGUGGGUUAAGGAAGGCGAGAAGGUUUUCCAGGAAGUGGGUAAUGUGAGGGGUGUGGCUAGGUCGAAUUUAGUUACCUAUCGAGGUCCGACCAUGGUCAGUAACACGCUUCACGCUGCUGCAAUUCUGUUGAGGGAUGGUGGGGAGUGGGAUUGGUUCAUCAAUUUGAGUGCUUCUGAUUACCCUUUGGUCACCCAAGAUGAUUUGCUGCACACAUUGUCUUCUAUCCCACGGGACCUCAACUUUAUCGAGCAUACUAGCGAUAUCGGCUGGAAGGAAGAUCAGAGAGCUAGGCCGGUGAUAAUUGACCCGGGGCUAUAUAGCCUGCAGAAAUCAGAUGUUUUUUGGGCCACAGAGAAAAGAAGUGUCCCAACUGCAUAUAGGCUCUUCACAGGUUCUGCUUGGAUGAUGCUUUCUCGUCCAUUCAUCGAGUAUUCCCUGUGGGGAUGGGACAAUCUCCCCAGGAUAGUACUAAUGUACUAUGCAAACUUCCUCUCGUCGCCCGAGGGCUACUUCCACACGGUGAUCUGCAACGCAGAGGAGUUCAAGAACACUACAGUGAACCAUGAUCUCCAUUUCAUCUCUUGGGAUAACCCUCCUAAGCAACACCCUCAUUUCCUCACUGUAGAUGAUUACCAGAGGAUGGUUGACAGCAAUGCACCUUUUGCCAGGAAGUUUGGGAAGAACGAUCCAGUUCUUGACAGGAUUGAUUCGGAGUUACUAGGGGUAAGUGCUGAUGGGUUUGUCCAUGGUGGGUGGUUCAGUAAAAAUGUCAAGUCUAACUCGACCGAGCUUAAGCCUGGCAAUGGAGCUCGAAGAGUCAAGAAUCUUAUUUCAGGGCUUCUGUCAGCUGAAGGUUUUCGUACGUCGCACUGCAUCUGAUUAGGAUCUCUAUAUAGGUUUUUGUAACUCACUAGGUAUUAGGUGGAUUCUUCUUAGCCGAGUGCAUUAUAUGUCGAAUGCAUGGAUUUGUGAAACUAUCAAAUCCAUCGAGUGUAACGAUUUAAGGCAUAAUAAUAGAGAUACAAUAACAAAGUCGUGACAAGUCCAAUUGGCUUCAUCAUUCGUUCGGUAUCUCACACCGAUAAAUGUCAUCUCACACU